AGGCAACGCUCUCGGAUCUGUAUAAAACACGAUACUUCUCAAACACUCCAACAAGAUGUCUCCUUUGCUGCCAAUUCUGCUUUACAUGAUACUUGGACAAUCUCUCGGUGAAGUGUUUCAAUGGACAGAGAGAGACAAAGUAGAAAUCAUAAUCAAAUUCAAAGACUAUGCCAGAAUGUCCAAAACUGGCAACAUUGGCAAACUUCUCGGUGAUUAUGGCAACAAAUAUGGUUUGCAUUGGGAUGAAAUGGAUGUGACUGAAGGAGAAAGAUGUAAAAAUGAAACAGGUUUGGAAAGAUAUCAAGCGUACAUUAUGGACUGUAACGAGUUCCAAAAGUACUUGUAUAGUCUCAAACCACGCAGAUACAACAUCGAGAUGGUCCACGUCAUCUGCGACCGUAUUGCUGCCACGAUUUGCAUGGCCAGAUCUUGCUCGCCGAGCGAGUACAAGAAGAUGGCCAUUGACAGUUAUGAUUGCGUUCACCGCGAGGAAGGAACGGGUGGAGGAUCAGGGGGUUACCCCUAUUAUCUCACUACUCGCCCCUAUUGGUAUACUACUUAAUAGUGAAGUUGAAGGGCAAGCUUUUGAUUCCGUUGCAGUGAUAUCGCAUGUGGAUUAUGCGAAAUAAACCUGUGACAGUU